AUGGGCAGAGUGGCUCUCCUCCUCCUCUGCCUGAUGGCCGCAACCUGUGAAGGGGCAGAGAAGUCCACCUGCCCAGACUUGAAGCUGCUGGGCCUGGAGAGCAACGAGACGCUGGAGCUCCUGCGGGGAAUUCCAGGCUUCCCUGGGCCAGCAGGGUACCAGGGGCCCCCAGGGGUAACCGGGAGCAAAGAGCUGCCCCUCCUGGUGGGCACUUCCUUGAGCCUACACAAAAGGGAGAUGAUGGCAGGGGGCUCUCCCCCCCCCCCCAGAAGAGGGCCUGGAGGCUCACCCUCCCUUCUCUUGACAGGUGAAAGGGGCUUGCAGGGAAUCCUUGGGGAAAUUGGACCCCCUGGGCCAAAAGGAGAAAAAGGGGAGGAAGGAAAACGUGGAGAUAAAGGUGCCCGAAACUGCAAGGAGCUCCUGGCCCAGGGGGUGGUCCUGAGCGGCUGGCACACCAUCUACCCCCAGGACUGCCGGCCCCUGCGGGUACUGUGCGACAUGCACACUGACGGAGGCGGAUGGCUGGUCUUCCAAAGAAGGUCAGAUGGUUUGGUGGAUUUUUUCCGGACAUGGGCUGACUACAAGAAGGGAUUUGGAAGCAAGCGGAGCGAAUUCUGGCUGGGAAAUGACCUCCUUCACCGCUUGACCUCUCUGGGAAAGAAUGAGUUGCGUGUUGACCUCAUGGAUUUUGACCAUCACCAUAUUUUUGCCAAAUAUGGAUCCUUCCAGGUGGCAGCCGAAGCUGAUCUGUAUCGGCUGACUUUGGGGAACUUCAUAGAGGGCCCUGCAGAUGACUCCCUCUACAUCCACAACAACAUGCCCUUCUCCACCCGGGACAAGCAGCAGGACCCCCAAAAGUUCAACUGCGCAGUGAAGUACAAAGGGGGAUGGUGGUAUAACGACUGCCACUUCGCCAACCUCAACGGGAAAUACUGGCUGGGAGACCACGACUCCUAUGGGGAUGGCAUCAACUGGCGGUCAGCAGGAGGCUUCCACUACUCCUACAAGCAGUCAGAAAUGAAAUUCAGGCCUACGACUUAGGGGGCUCCUUCAGCAGACGAGGGUUUCUUCUGAGGAAUUCCAAAGGGCAUCUAGUUCAUCCCCUCUGCUUUUGCUUUCCAUCUGUUACCUUGACAGAGAAUCUCUUUUUUUAUGAAAUUUAUA